AAAUAAUCUUAAGGUUUUGCUUCCUGACAGUAAACAGUACGACUCUGCUUCCUCUCAAAGGACACAUGUACCGUGUGUUGUUGUUCCCUUUUCCUCCGGCCCGCAGCCAAUCAGGAAACACUCCGCUCCGCCGACACUCCUGCCGCCUCGGACUUUCCCUUCGCCACAAAACAACUUAUUUCCUCUUCGUCUGAGCCACCUUUGGACGAUCCUUGACUCUUGUUUUGCAGUUGUUUUAGCGUUUUAGCGGCUCUUACACAGCCAUGCUUUCUGUGCAGAGACUGUGUGUUUUUCUUUUAUUCAACGCGGCUGCGACCUUCGUCUCUGCAGACAAGAUGACAGCAGCCACGGUGUACUGGGACUCCCAACACAAAAUGGUCCUGCUCAAGGACGGGGUGCUGGAGACGGAGGGGGACGCGUACGGGUACCUGAACAACACCCUGUCCAGUACAGGCUGGAGCGUCCUGGAGAUCCGUGCCGGCUACGGAAAGACCCAGGAGACCGAUGAUAUCACCUUCUACCUGGCCGGAUACCUGGAAGGUUUCCUCACUGCCCAGCAGAUGAUGGACCACUACACCAACAUGUAUCCGCAGCUGAUCGAAAACCCGAAGAUCCUCAGCCUGGUUCAGAGUUUCAUGGCGAAGCAGGAUUCAUGGGUCAGAGAGCAGGUGAAACUGAACAAGAGCUCUGAUCCUCUGUGGCAGCAUGCGGGCUUCAUCGUGGCCCAGAUGGACGGGCUGCAAGCGGGAGUGAGAGACUGGGCCAAGAAAGAAGGGAAAAAGCCGCUGACCCUGUUUGACAUCCAGUUCCUGAACUCGGUGGGAGAUCUACUGGAUCUGAUCCCAGCCUUGGUGCCCGGCUCCAACCCUCCGCUCAGAGACUUCAAACUCCCAGGGAUGGGACACUGCUCUGCGCUCAUCAAGAUGCUGCCCGGCUUUGAGAACCUCCUGUUCGCUCACUCCAGCUGGUAUACGUACGCCGCCACCAUGCGGAUCUACAAACACUGGGACUUCCACAUCGCUGAGCCCCACGCCGCCACGGGGAAACUGUCCUUCAGCAGCUACCCUGGUUUCCUGGUGUCUCUGGAUGAUUUCUACCUCCUGGGCAGCGGCCUGAUGAUGACCCAAACCACCAACAACGUCUUCAACUCCUCCCUGUUCGACACUAUCACCCCCAAAAGCCUGCUGGCGUGGCAGCGGGUCAGGCUGGCUCACAGUCUGGCUCGUACCGGAGAGGACUGGGCCAAAACCUUCUCCAUGUACAACUCUGGUACCUACAACAACCAGUACAUGGUGUUGGACAGGAGCAGAGUGAAGCUGGGCGACAGCGUUGAUGACGGCGCCCUGACGGUGGUGGAGCAGAUCCCCGGGCUGGUGGAGUACUCCGACCAGACGCAGGCGCUGCGCAGAGGUUACUGGCCGUCCUACAACAUUCCUUUCCACAAGAAGAUCUACAUGCUGAGUGGCUACGGGGAGAUGUGGAAGGAGUACGGCGAGGACUUCUCCUACGACCUCUGUCCCAGAGCCAAGAUCUUCAGACGCGACCAGGCCGAUGUCAAAGACCUGGACUCCUUGAAGCACAUCAUGAGGUUCAAUGACUACAGGAACGAUCCAUACUCCAAAGGCGACCCCUGCAAGUCCAUCUGCUGCCGUAACGACCUGAGGUCAGAGCGGCCUUCGCCAGGAGGUUGCUAUGACACCAAGGUGACAGAUUUCCAAAUGGCCGGGAAUUUUCAUGCGGAGGCGGUGAACGGGCCGACCACGCAGGACGGACUCCCGCCGUUCCUCUGGGAUAAAUUCAGCAGCAUCAGCCACCAAGGUCUGCCGCGGUCCUACAACUUCACCUUCAUCAAGAUGCAGCCUCUUCUCUUCGAUCCAUGAGGUGUGUGUGUGUGUGUGUGUGUGUGUGUGUGUGUGUGUGUGUGUGUGUGUGUGUGUGUGUGUGUGUGUGUGUGUGUGUGUGUGUGUGUGUGUGUGUGUGUGUGUGUGGGAGAGAGAGAGAGAGAGAGAGACAGAGAGAUGCUUUCUGGCUAAAGCUUUCAGAUUAUAAACGUCCAGGGUGAAAGGUACAAUCAUUUGUGGUUCUGUUUACACAAAGAUGAUUUUAUUUUAACUGUUGCUUAAAGAUCAGAAUUGCGUCCCACCAACAUGUGCUUCCUUUUUAAACAAGUACCAUUUCACAAUAAGAGUUCCCUUAUAAAGGAUUUAUAACUGGUUUAUAAUUAGGUCAUUAAUCUGGUUGUUUACACUUUACAAAUCAUAAAUAAACAACUAUAAAUAAGUUAUAAUACAGUUUUCAUACAUUGAUGCAGGCUCACUAUUUGGCAAGAUCCAGUUAAUGCUUAUUACUCAUUAAUGUUACUAAUGAGUUUCUACCAUUUAUAACUGGUAAAAGGAGCCUGAUUGUAACUGAUUAAUAAAUGUUGAUGUGUUUUACACUUUACCAGUUAUAAAUGUUUGUAACUUCCUGGGAUGCUAACGUCCUAAAGAAGAUGCCAACCAGCAAAAAGCAUCUCCAUUUUAAUAUCCGCUGUGCAAAACAAUCUGAUUGUAUUAUAUUAUAAUAUAUAUAUAUAAAUUAUAAUAUAUACAAAUAUGUGAAGAAGCAGCAGGUACAAACGCUGGUUGAUGGAGAAAACAAAGAAAGCUCAGUAACUAAUGACAUAUGAGGCUGAACAGAACAGAUACAUGUGGUCUCACUAUUUGGCAAGCAGCAGGUCGCUGUUGCCCUUUUUUAUCUAAUGUGUUAUAACAGUUUAUAAAUGAUUAAUAAAGUGUUAACUCAUAAAUCCGUCAUGAGGGUCGUCUUAUCGAGAAGUGGGACCUUUAAAUGUGCGCAGUUUGUGAGAGCUUCCCUCCACCUGAUGAACUGCAAAGCUCGGCUUGCGAUUUGUCAAACUGCCAAUCAGAUUUUAAGUCUGUAGUUUAACACACGUCUUACUCAGGGUAUGAAGAUGGAUUUACUUUGAAAUGCAGUAGAAAUCAGCCGUGUGUUUUUUGUUUUUUUUUAUACCUGCAGCCAUUUGUGCCUCAGACACAGUGAUUUCAUUAAAUCAGUGGCUGUGUGUCUUUAAUCUUUCUGGGCGUCUUUUCCAGAUAAGAAAACACUAUUGUUUUAAUGUUUGAUGAAACAAUCAUUCUCAGGACACCUGAGCUUCUCCGCUCUUGUGAUGAGUGAUGUGAGAAUCUGUUUUCUGUACUGAGCUAAAUGAAAAUAUCUCAGGUUUGUAUUUUUUAUAUAUAAGCCUGUGUUUCUGUGUGUAUCCUGCUGUCAUUUCAUGUGCUGAUUCUUUAUUAAAGUUUUACUGUUGCGUCAGUA